AUGGCGUCGCGUGCUCACCCGGUCCUCCCCUGCCUCGAUGCCAUGGAGCCGGAGCGGCAGCCGCCGGCACUCGUCAGCGAGCUCCUCGAGGAGAUCUUCCUCCGCGUCGCCUCCUCUGUGGACCUCGCCCGCGCCUCCGCCGCGUGCGUCUCCUUCCGCCGCCUCAUCGCUGACCACUCCUUCCUCCGCCGGUACCGCUCCAUUCACCCGCCCCUACUCCUUGGCUUCUUUUGCAUUGUUGACCUCCCACCUGGCCACGAUGAGCGGGAAAUCGUCAUUGUGGAGUCAGGGGAAAGCAAGGUUGCGAUGUUUAGUCUGAGUUAUGAAGGCACAUCUGUCGAUUAUUACACCUUUUCGCAAAAUGGCAGUGAGAAGUCCCAUGAGUGGCAUAUGAUGAGAACCAUCCCCUUGCCUGCCCAUUAUACUAUUAUGUGCUACAUUGGUUGCUAUCCAGCUGAAGGAUACAUUUUAAUAGAAUGCGUUCAAGAUGGAGAGGGGCCAUAUUAUUCAACAGUUUUCUCACUUGAGGUUAAGUCUUUUAAUAUUGAGAGGGUCCGUGGGACAAGUCAUAAUGGCCUGGCCUAUCCAUAUUUUGGUUUCCCACCAUCUAUGUCACCAAGGAGGAUUCAAGGAUAUGGAGAGUUUCGAUAUAGUGGAAGUGGACCUUAUAUCUGUUCACUCCCUACCUCCAGUGCUUGA